AUGAUCACAGGCAGACCGCCUUUCUCUCCCAUCCUAGAGUAUCGAGGCAAAGUGUUCUCCGUAGGCGGGGAUGAAGGUGAAUACACGAUACCCAACUUUUUAUCAAAAUAUGCUACAAACGACCUUCUACAAAAGGGACCGCCUCAAGGGUAUAGCCUGCCUCUCUCAAGAGGAAAACAAUUGGACCUCGCUGUCAGUGGAGCCAAAGCACAAGAUGUGAAUGACCAAGUGUCUCGUUUGGUGCAUCUUUUGAACCACCCACAGUAUAAAGAUGUUCGAAAUGAAUGGAAAUUGAUUACAUUGUUCAUAGGCGCUAAUAACGUCUGUGUCUUAUGCGAACCACCCAUCACACAGUUGCCGGGAUUGGCAGAAGCGGAUGUAUUUGAAGAAAAUGUGAGGCAUGUUCUUACGAGGAUAAAAAAGGAAACAAAGAAAUCAUUUAUCAACCUUGUGGCCUUGUUUAAUGUCUCGAGCGUGUAUGAAGCCACCAGAGGAGAUCGCUACUGUGAGUCUUUAUUUGAUAGUUCGCAUAUGGUCAUUUGUUCCUGUAUACAAGGGAAGGAAGCACAACGAAAAGGUAGCUAG